CUUGUUUACUAUAUUAUAUAACUCUUCGUUCUUUAGGUCAGUUCAUAACGCGAUAUCUAACUGAACUGCGCUGGUGGAGAGAAAUAACAGAAGAUAAGUUGGGGCCUGAGAUCUUCAGCACAAACUAUCUUCCCCCGGGACUCAUCUGAUUGGAGGCAGUUGUUUUUUGUGGGAAUCGUACAGACGCUCCAGAUGAUGAAGUGCUUCGACUUGUUGAGUGUUUUGCUGGUGGCAACGCUGUUUGCCUCGGUGGCCCCCGCCGUUCUGUCACGUGACAAUGUUCUGACAGCUCUGGGUUUGUCUAAGGAGAAGGGAGACAUCUCCUGGGAGACCCGCCUUGACCAGGGCGUGGUUCAGUCGACUGACGAUGGGGACGAUGACGAAGACUCUAACGAUGACGACUUGGCGAUUCUUGACGCCUUGAGGCAGAUUGUGUCCGAGAAGGAAGAAGAUGAACUCCUGGAACAGUUGGAAAACCAGCUUGCAAAUCUAGAUGGAGAGACGGACAGCGGCGAAGACGUUUUGCCCAAGCACCGAACCGCCCGCUCUACAAGGUCAAGGACUAGCGCAAGAACAAGUAGCUCCAAAACAAGACAACGGUCAAGAGCAAGAUCAAGAACAAGAUCAAGAGAUAGGAGGAGAGAUAGAUCUAGAAGCACAGAUAGCGCCAGCGAUAGAACCAGGGAUACAGGCAGAGAAAGAACCAGGGAUAGAACCAGAGGCCGGGUGAGGGGAAGAGCCAGAAGCAGGUCACCAUUGAGAGAAAGGCUUCAUUCCCGUUCCGAGUUACGGGAUCGGAUCAGGGGAAGGCCAGGGGUAGUAUCUCGUCAGGGGAUGAGGAUCAGAGACACACAAGGUGUGACCAACGUCCUGGACACUGCUACGAAUGGAGUCCUCAGCGAAAACAUAAAUGGCCGCCUGACUCAACAGUACCAUAAGAACGGAAAUUUCCUUACCGCCGUGCAGGACUUCAACUCCUUGAAUCCCUCUAACAUUGCAGACAAUACGAACCUGGUAAGCGGAAUUUUCCACCGAAUAGGCACCCUGCCCGACGGAAGAACGGUCAUUGUGCGAAAUGGCAGUUCUGGCCAAGAUCUCCCCACUCUAGAGAUCCGAGACUACACGGACAGUUCAAGACGAAACGAGUAUUACGUAAAAGUUAGGUACCACUCUCGUGGUUCAAAUACAGGAGGAGCCUAGUUGGCAGCCAAGAGUUGAUCGGCUGGAACACUUUUAGUUUCAAUAAGAGUGUUACGCCACUUGGAACGAAAAUAGGUCAUAAAAAUGCCAAUGAUUAGAGGUGUUGCUAAAAAGUAAUAAGAAAAGAAAA